AUGAUAUGUUUUCACUACAGGCUCCAAGUUCUGGACAACGACCAUCCCGACCUCCACCACCAAAGCCCUCACAACACAGCCAAGACUAUCAAAGAGAAAAACAAACUGAUUCACUCAGUCUCGGAGCACACAGAGAGUCAGACUCAGUUGUAUGAAGAUAUAGACACACUCCUUCAGAAAAUGGAAAUUCAGAAUGGUACCAGAUCCAAAUAUCCAAGUGCCGCCCCGCCUGUGCCCUCACGUCCGCCCCCUGUAUCCCCUAGGAAAAACAAACUGAUUCACUCAGUCUCGGAGCACACAGAAAGUCAGACUGAAUUGUAUGAAGAUCUAGACACACUCCUUAAGGAAAUGGAAAUUCAGGAACUGGAUAUCCUUAUGACCUGGUGGGCCAAAGUGGACAAAUGGGAGGAAUUGUCCAUGUACUACCAAAGCGAGGAAGAAGAGACAAAAGUGUUCACUACAAAGGUACACAGGGUGAACAUGGGGAUGCGACUCUAUGAGGUUCUUCUCGUCCAUCACGGGAAGAUUUUAAUGAACCACAUAACUGAACUGCGCUGUAUCGCAGACAACCUGGACAAGAUGGGAAAGAAGACCAAGAUCGCCAGCAUCACCGGGGGAGCCACGGGAGCAGCCGGAGGGGUGGCGGCCGUCGUGGGCCUCGCUCUCGCCCCCAUAACCUUCGGCGCGUCGCUGGUUGUCUCCGCAAUUGGGGCCGGGGUUGCUGCAGCUGGCGGGGUCACAGGUGCUUCAGCUGCCAUCUCCAACAAAGUCAGCAGUACCCAAGACAGGAAAAGGGUGGAGAAAAUCCUACAUGACUGCAAAUCAAAGAUAAAAGAUAUCGAGGGAUGCCUGGAGUUUAUCCACACGGGGAUGAAACUCCUUCGAGAGCACGACUCGUCGACUUUGAAGGGUGUGGAUGAGGACGCUUUGAGGGUAGCCAUGGUGGCGGAAGAAUUUGGCGGCGCUAAAGGCGCCGUAAGCGAGUGCUCAGGGAUCGUGCAGAGCUUUGAAUCGGCCAUGGACUCAUACUACGCUAAGGAGGAUAGCGAGCGGCUGAAGAAAGGCUCCGAAAAGAACUUCGCCCAGAGGAUUCGUGAGGUUGCAGAGAAGCUGAAAGAAAGCCUCGAUGAGCUGAUUCGCAUUAAGAACGUGCUGCGCUCGGCGGCAAGCAAGGUGUAA